AUGUUUGCUCUCCUCACCUCCUUGUUAGUGGUGGCCGCCCAGGCUUCCACCUCCUGUCGUUGCUUCCCCGGCGAUGACUGUUGGCCCUCCGAAGCUGUUUGGACCAAGUUCAACGAGUCAAUCGGUGGACAAUUGGUGAAGACAGUUCCACUGGCUACGCCAUGCCAUGAGCCCAACUAUGAUGCUGCUCAGUGUACGAUUCUGCGGGAUGGCUGGGAAAAGCCGGAAGAGCACUAUAAGUCAUCUUCAUCUAUCAUGGCCGGGUUCUUUACCAAUGGGACUUGCGACCCAUACCACCCAGUUUCGAAGCCCUGCACUCUGGGUAAUUAUGUUGCCUACGCCGUCAAUGUGACGACCGCCGAUCAUGUAUCAAAGACAAUCAAGUUUGCGACAAAACACGACAUUCGUGUAGUUGUGCGUAACACAGGUCAUGACUACAACGGGAAGUCUACCGGUGCUGGCGCCCUCGGUAUAUGGACACAUCAUCUCAAGGACAUUAGCAUCCAUGACUACAAGGACGCUUAUUACACCGGCAAGGCAAUUACCAUGGGUGCAGGUGUGCAGGGCUUUGAGGCGUACGAGGCUGCAGAAAAAGGCGAUGUCCAGGUCGUUGGCGGCGAAUGCCCUACCGUGGGCCUGGCUGGUGGUUACAGCCAGGGCGGCGGUCAUUCGGCGCUCUCUUCGCGGUACGGACUUGGGUCGGACCAGGUCUUGGAGUGGAAGGUAGUCGACGGAAAAGGUAAAAUUGUCACGGCAACCCGUGAUAAUGAGUACUCUGAUUUAUACUGGGCGCUGAGCGGCGGAGGUGGCGGCACAUAUGGUGUUGUUCUAUCAAUGACUUCCAAGGCACACCCGGCCACCCCUGUGUCAGGCUUCAACUUGACCUUCACCAACGAUCAAAUUUCUCAGGAUACUUUCUACAAGGCUGUUGGGCGUUUCAACACACACUUGCCGGCUAUUGUUGACGCGGGUGCGAUGGCGAUUUGGAUGUUCACCAAUACGAGUUUUGCUAUCACGCCAUUGACUGGACCCGAUAUCCCCGAGGCAAAGCUGCUCUCCUUGAUUGAGCCGUUUAUUAAGGACCUGAAAGAACUGGGUAUCAAGCCUACGACGUACUCUGAGCAGUUCUCCAGCUAUCUCCAGGAAUUCAACACCAUGCAACAGGAGAUUGGUGUUGGCGAGGCUCAAUACGGUGGCUGGCUUAUUCCCCGCACAGCCGUGCAGAACAGCAACGAUCGUUUGAAUGCUGCACUUCGCCAGAUUACGGAGGAUGGGGCUACCUUCAUCGGGGUGGGACUCAAUGUGUCGCAGAAGGUGAUUGGAAAUGUGAAGAAUUCAGUUCUCCCUGCGUGGCGCGAUACAUUGAUCUCGGUGACACUCAGCACUCCUUGGAAGUGGAACGCAGAAGAGGAAAUGCUGUCAGCGCAGAAGAAGAUGACGAACGAUUAUAUCCCCAAGCUGACAGCGGUCGCUCCUGGCUCCGGAGUAUACAUGAAUGAGGCCGACUUCCAUCAACCGAAUUACAAAAAGUACUUCUACGGUGCGAACUACCAGAAACUGGACGCCAUCAAGAGGAAGUAUGAUUCCAACGAUAUCUUCUAUGCCGUGACUGCAGUUGGUUCCGAUGCUUGGAAGGAGCAUGCGGACGGUCGACUCUGUCGUGUCGACCGAAAUGCCUCGAGAUGUGGAUUUGGAGGCGAUUUGUAG